AUGGUAGUGAACAAUCCAAAUAACUGGCAUUGGGUGGAUAAAAACUGUCUUCCUUGGUCUGUUGAUUACUUUAAAGAAAAAUUGACUGAUUUGAAAGCGACUGAUGGAACAAGCAAUGUGCAUAUUUCUGAAGUUUCAUCAGUUGAAGGUGAUGUAGAUGUGUCACAGAGAAAGGGGAAAGUAAUUUCAUUAUUUGAUAUCAAAAUUGUUCUAACUUUCAAGGGUAAUACUGCCAAAGAUGGCAAUGUGAGUGGAUCAAUCACAAUUCCAGAAUUGACCUAUGAUAGUGAAAAGGAUGGUUUACAGUUUGAUAUAUCCAUUUACAAUGAAACAGCCGAAAAUUCGGAAAUUGCUGGUUUGAUCAAGAAACAAUUAAUACCUCAGUUAAGAACAGCAUUGACGAAAUUUGGUCCAGAUUUGAUUGAAAUUAAUAGUAAAGAUAUCCAAUUAUCACAAGAUAAAGUCACUUCAACCUUUACAAAGGCCAAUCAAAUAUCCACUUUUGAUAAUGAACAAACAAAGAAAGAGCUGAAACCAGUUGAAAAGAAAACUGAAACCCAUUCAACUUCAACUACAGCAAAAAAAGUAGUUUCAAAAACCGAUUCAUCUGCCGUGCCUAAAUAUAACACCACAACUUUGCAUUUGGAACCUUCGUUCAAUACUUCUGCAGAACAAAUUUAUCUUACCUUAUUGGACGAAGCUAGAAUUGGUGCAUGGACUCGCUCUGCUCCAGUGAUUGAAAAGUUCCCACCUAAAGAAGGAUCAGAGUUCAAAUUCUUUGGUGGUUCAGUAUCUGGGAAAUUUUUGAAAUUAGUUCCUAAUGAACAAAUCGUUGAAUUAUGGAGAUUGGACGAUUGGAAAGCUGGACAUUUUGCCCAACUAGAUAUGAAACUAGUCCAAAGCAGUGGUGAAACUAAGUUGGUUGUCAAAUUUAGUGGAAUCCCAAUUGGUGAAGAGGAAAGAGUGAAGAACAACUUUGAAGAAAGGUAUAUCAGAUCUAUAAAGAUCACUUUUGGAUUUGGUGCAGUUUUAUAG